AUGAUGUCCGGCAUGCACCACUCUGACAUGCACUCCAUCGUCCUCGACCGUUCUGUUCGAAAUGCGUCCGCAGACGAGCGCAGUCAUAACCGAGAUGUUCUUUCUCAAACCAUCUUUGAUGCCUUCCCCGACCUCCCAACACUCGACAACUUCGCCUCUCCCAUGGUUUCCCAAACCCCCAGCAUCCUUUCUCUUCCCCCUCCCCCUCAUUCCCCCCGCCCGCCCUUCCCCUCCCGCCUUCGCCCCUCUCCUCCCCCCUUCAGUCGCGAGCCAUCAUCGAUGCUUUUCCUGACGUCGACCACUUCGUCAACUUCGGAUUUCCCGACCAUCUCCAUCAUCGAUGCUUUUCCUGACGUCCCCACUCUCGUCAACUUCGGAUUUCCCGACCAUCUGUGCGGGACAUGGCACCACAACUACACUCGCAUGCACCAGCAAAUCCGGGCAGCCAGCAAAAAUCCCUCCUCUGCCCCGCCGCCCGGCACGCCGCCCGUGAAAUUUCUCACCUUUGACGGCCUCAGCCACUGCGACAGCCUCGGGGAGACCCUCAUGGGGCUGACGUCAGCAUUCACUGUAGCUCUCCUCACCAACAGAGCCUUCGUUAUAAAGCACCCGUGCAUCCCCAUGGCGUUUGAACCUGCGCUGAUCGACUGGCAACCCACAGAGGACGUGGGAUUCGAGCCGAGACCUGCUGGUGCAUAUGCUGAAGGACGUGAGUGGAUCGGCGUGGAAAGAGCGACUCAGGGAAAUGGGCAUCAGCAUUCCCUAUUCAUUCGGCUGCUUGGUGCGAUACCUGCUAAGGUGAGCGGGCCCAAACCAGAGGUGUGGUACAGGAUGCAGCCGUUUGAGAAGCAGCUGAGGGAGAGUGGGGGGACGCACGGGCCCAAGCCGGAGGUGUGGCACAGGAUGCAGCCGUUUGAGAAGCAGCUGAGGGGCGACAAGGUGGUGAGCAUCGGUGUGCACGUGAGGCAAUUCGGUCAAGGCCCCGCCCGGCCCAACGCCACGGUCAGCCCGGAGGAGCUGCAGAAGGGCAUGAACAACUCCGUGCUACCCGCCUUCCACCCGGAGGAGCUGCAGCGAGGCAUGAACGAUUCUGUGCGGCCUGCCUUCCAGUGCGCUGAGGUGAGUGGUCGUCCCUCGGGAGGAUCGGGGUGGGCUCCUCUCUUUCCCCCUCUUUCUCCGCUCUCCCCUCCCUCCCAACAGCACUGUUAA